AUUCAUUUGAUAAGCAUAAGCCCAUUUAUCGUCUUAUUCCAUGGUGUCGCCAUGUUAUAGUAUGGCAGAUGGUUCCAAUGGAACGGUGGGCGGGAGUUCUGAAGGUGCACCUGAACCCUUGCAAUGCCGGUCCCUUCUUUCAAGUCGCGGCUUCAGUUCUUCUCUGUCCAUCAUCCAACACUCUAGCCAUACCUUCCGUGAAUGCCAUCUUCUUCAAGGGGGAUAGGGUUGAGGGCACCGGGAAUCCGGUGAUCGAGCGGCUAUCGGAUUCGAAGAAUAUUGCAGAGAUUCUGGUAUCGAAGUUCGGGAGUUCCGCCAACGCAUGGGUGGUUGAGGCUUCCACCUUUAACGGGCCAUUUGCUAUUUUCAGGGAGUUCGUUCCGAGCGUGAAUUCCCGUGGAGAGCCGAAACACUACGAUCCGGAUGGUUUCCCUGCAUCGAGAUGUAUUGUGGCGAUCUUAUUGAAGAGUAUUGAUCAGAUCAAAAGAUCUGUGUUGGGCAACAAAGAUGAGUUGGCAAUAUCACAAAUAUCUUCACCAAAAACUGCAUUGUUUGGGUUUAGUAAAGGUGGGACUGUAAUAAACCAAAUUGUUGCUGAACUUGCUCACCUGAAUGCAAUUAACUUGGUUAAGUCAAAUUCUCAAACUUUAGAAGCAGAAGAUGGCAUCUUUACUACUUCUAAUGGUAGUUUUCUUCACAGCAUAUCUGAGUUUCACUAUGUUGAUGUUGGCCUGAACUGUCAUGGAGCUUAUUUGACUGAUAAAGCUCUGAUCAAUAGAGCUGUACAGAAUAUGUUAGUUGGCAAUUCAAGCCUGCGUUUUUUAUUUCAUGGAACUCCAAGGCAGUGGUUUGAUCAUGACCGUCCAUGGAUCCAAAAGGAGAAAGACUUGCUUGUUCAGUUGCUCCGAGAUGCGAACCCCAAAUAUGGAGGCAGAUUACAGAUUGCCAUGAAGGUUGAAAAGGAGACGAAGGUUUCAGGAGAUGUAGAGGAUGAAGGUGAAGAAGGUAUCCCUCUAAUAGGAGUUGGAGGUUUGUUGCUCGAAUGAAACUUAUGGGUCAUUCCAAUUUAUUGUAGGAGCAAUUCUUAGGAAGAAAGGAACCAUUCCUAAUAGGGCCAAUUAAUUUUGACAAAAUAUUCACCCUAUAUCAAGGAUUUGAAAUAUAGUAUGACUGAUGUCAAAGGAGAUUAACUAUGAUAAAGUAUUUAGUGAAUUAAGCUUGCUUGCACACAAUUGAUCUUUUUAGGUCAUCUUGAGCUCAAUUUGGAUUGAACAUGGCCAAAUUGGGCUUGUUUAAGUCAAGUUGUUCAUUUAGAUAUAACCACAUAGGUAAAUCUCCUGCAUUAUUUGAUGCUUUGGCCAACACUAUGAGGUGUUUGGAUCUGUGGUCAAAACCACA